AUGAAGGAUGGGAAAGACAGACCCAAGAGUAAAGAUGGAAACUCUAAAGGAUGUUGGACUUGUGGUGGUCCUCAUUUGGCCAAAUCUUGUCCAAACCGGGAAAAAGUGAAUGCUUUGCUUGCUGGUAAUGUGUAUCAAAGGGAGGAGGAUGAAGAAAUCGUGGCUGCAAUGGCAAACCCAUUGGGAUUGUCCUUCAAUCACAUUAUGGGGAUCAAUAAUGUUGGAGAGAUCUCUAACACUUCGAAUCCUCAUGCUUCCUUAAUUUAUAUAGAAAUGAAAGUGAAAGAACAAUGUGUGAUGGCAAUGGUUGAUACAGGGGCCAUACACACGUUUGUAGAUGUGAAGAUUGCUACAAAAUUGGGGCUGAAGUUGUCUAAAAGCCCUUCCUACGUCAAGACAGUCAAUGCUAAGGCACAAGCCAUUGUGGGCAUGGCUUAUAGUGUGUCUAUGUCGACUGGAAAUUGGGUGGGAAAACAUAAUUUGAUGGUGAUGCCGCUUGGAGACUUUGAAAUUAUACUUGGGAUUGAUUUCCUAAGAAAAUACCAGUUUGUUCCGUUUCCUCACUUAGAUGGAGUGAUGGUAAUGAGUGGAAGUGAUGCUGGUUUUCUGAAGGGUGUUCAUCCGUUUGGAAACAUUAAUAAGGUUGCGAAGAAGAAAGGACAAGGAAAUGUUGUUAUCUGCUGUGUCGAUCGACAAAGGGCUGAAGAAGGGAGAUGA